GAGAAGAGGAACAGCAGGCAGGAGGAAGAGAAGACACGAAGCAACUCACACAACAACUCCGCAACCACAUCACAGAUCGCGAUGAUGAUGUCUGCGACGACGUGGCUGCUGCGCCGCAAGUUCCCGACAGUGCAGCAGAUGCAGACGGACGAGCUGGAUCAAUUGGACAAGAAGAAGCGCAUCCUGCUUGACGUUCGGCCAGAAGAAGAGUACGCCAUCAGCCAUCUUCCAGAUGCCAUUCGCGUAGAUCCAGACAACGUUGAGCAAGCACAGGAAGCGCUGAGGGAAAAGGGGUACAAGCCUGGAACGCCAGUCGUCUGCUACUGCAGCGUCGGGUACAGGUCAAGUAAACUGGCACAGAUGCUUGCCGAAGCAUCAACGCAGGCCGCCGCCCCCACAGAUUCCACGGCAACGACGCAAGAGGGCAAGGACAACGCGUGUAAAGUGGACCCCAAAGACUGCUACAACUUGGAGGGCUCCAUCUUCAAGUGGGCAAACGAAGGCCGGCCCAUCACCAACACUAGCGGCGGCACCGCCAACAAGGUGCACCCAUACAACGGCGUCUUCGGCCAUCUCCUCGACGCAAACCUGCGCCACCAACUCUGAUCCUAUGUUGCGUGUGGGACGUGUACUGGAGUGCGGUGGUGAUUUUCGUUGCUGCUGCCACGCCAUGUUUGCCAGUUACUUCCUUUUCUUGUUACAACCCCCUUUCUUACUGUCCGCUGCCCCAACGCACCGCCUUGGAUGCCUUACCUGCCUUUUUCUUGCGUUUGCAUUAAUCGAAUCCCACCGAAGUUCCAACA